UCCCCCACUCCCACCCUUCGUCUUUCGACCGAACCUUGCGGUAAAGCCUGAUAUACUUACUGCUCUUCGACUGCCUCAUAUACUUCCGCCGGGCUCCUAUACCUCGAAGGGCUACAGCGGCCAUGCGGUCGAGGUGGAUCACCAACGCCCUCCUGGUUUUGCUCCCCAGCUUUGUUGUUGACCAGCUCCGCCACGAUCACCACCACCUCAAACCCCUACGCUUACAUGCGACCUCGUACAUCGACGGCCUCCGCGGGAUAGCUUCCCUGAUCGUGUCCAUCUGCCACUACACCGAGGACAACCAUGCCUACUUCGUCCCUUCCUGGGGUUUGAACAAGAGAUCCUCCGCCGCCCUCCAACUUCCUUUUGUUCGCGUCAUCUACUCGGGACGCCCUAUGAUCCACGUAUUCUUCGUCAUCUCCGGCUUCGUUCUCUCCUACAAACCGCUCAAGGCCCUACACGCCCGCGAUGUUGAACGUUGCCACGCCGCCUUGGCAUCAUCAGCCUUCCGCCGACCCAUUCGCCUCUUUGGUCCUUGCCUUGUUUCGACCUUCAUGAUCGUCCUCCUCACGUAUAGCGGAUUUCUCUACGAGCCUCUGCCGAGUCUAUCCGAGCAGUUAGAAGAUUGGUGGCAUGCGCUCUUCCGCAGCAUCACCUGGCCGUGGUCUUGGGAUUACGACCUCCGCCCGACCUACGACAUCCACCUUUGGACCGUACCCAUCGAGUUCGUCCACUCGAUGCUGCUCUUCAUGGUCCUCCUGGUCGUGUCGCCCAUGCGGCGCCCCAUCCGCCUGGCCGCCUUGGUCUCCAUCAUAUUUUACUGCCUCAGCUGUGGUCGUUGGGCCGCCUUCGAAUUCAUUGGCGGCAGCCUGAUAGCCGAGCUUCACCUCACGCAAGCUAACAAGAUGUUGACUCUGACGAAUCUCGCAGAGCGGAGACCCCGGCAAAACUACAACAGCAACAGCAACAACGACGACGACGACGACGACGACGACGAUAAGAACAACAACAAUUUGAACGUCCGGUUCGUGUUGAAGACCGCAACUUAUACCGCAGCUGUCCUCCUAUGGUGGUUCAUCGCGGGCUGGCCGAACGAAAACGCCGAACGGACGCCGGGCAUCCAGUUUCUCCUUGCCAAGACCCCCCAACCUUUCUCCUCCAUCGAGCAGGACGAAUGCGGACCGCAGAAGUUCUGGUUUUCCUUGUCGGCCAUGGGACUCGUCUGGGCCAUCACCCAGGUGGACCUUCUGCAGAGGUGCCUGGAGAACAGCGUGGUGCAAUACCUCGGGCGGAUCAGCUAUUCUUUGUACAUCGUCCACGGGCCCAUCCUAAACAUGGCCCAAGGUCGCGUCAUCGGGCGCGUAGCGGCCAUGGCCAGCGGGAAUUCGGGUAGCAAGCACUUCCGCUCAGGGGCCUCCUCGGGGGGGCUCAAGGGCCUCCUCGGGGCGGACACGCCGACGCAGCAGACGCUGGUGUGGAUUCUGGGCAUUGUUAUCAUGUGGCCCUGUAUCAUUUGGGCCGCUGACGUGUUUUGGAGGUUAGUGGACCGUCCCAUAAUGGCAGGGGCGAGGAAGUUGGAAGACUGGUGUUCAGAUGCGUAGUGGUAAUUAGCUGGGGGGACAUUCAUUGAGACUGGGAGGGGGAAGUGGCAAUAAGGCGCAGAGGGGGAAAGAUAGAGAAGCGAUCGGAGCAUACAACAUUGUCGUAGGAUGCCUUUAAAAAGUAACCACAUGCCAGGUUAUAAGAAAGCGAGUCUGGCG